AUGUCUGACAAGCAACAACAACCCCUCCCCUUCAUUUACCAAUUUGCCGCCGGUGCGGUGGCUGGUGUGUCUGAGCUUCAGACUGGUUCCGCCACCGCUGGUGGAGAGCACUACAAUGGCAUGCUUGACUGCUUCCGCAAGAUCAUCAAGCAAGAGGGCUUCUCUCGUCUCUACCGUGGUAUCUCCGCUCCCAUCCUGAUGGAGGCUCCCAAGCGUGCAACCAAGUUUGCCGCCAAUGACAGCUGGGGUACUUUCUAUCGCGGCCUCUUCGGCGUCGAGAAGCAGACUCAGGGUCUGGCUACCCUGACCGGCGCGACUGCCGGUGCCACCGAGGCCUUUGUUGUGGUUCCAUUCGAACUCGUCAAAAUUCGCCUACAGGACAAAGCCUCCGCGGGCAAGUAUAACGGCAUGUUGGACGUCGUCAAGAAGAUUGUCCAGCAGGAGGGCCCCCUCGCGAUGUACAAUGGUCUCGAGUCGACUCUUUGGCGUCACAUUCUCUGGAACGCCGGUUACUUCGGCUGUAUUUUCCAGGUUCGUGCCCAGCUGCCUAAGCCUGAGCCCGGCAACAAGAGCCAGCAGACCCGCAACGAUUUAAUCGCCGGUACCAUUGGUGGUAUCGCCGGUACCAUUCUUAACACCCCGAUGGACGUCGUCAAGUCCCGCAUCCAGAACACAACCAAGGUUCCUGGCCAGACUCCCAAGUACAACUGGGCCUGGCCUGCCGUGGGUACCGUCAUGAAGGAGGAGGGCUUCGGGGCCCUUUACAAGGGCUUUAUCCCCAAGGUCCUGCGUCUCGGCCCUGGUGGUGGUAUCUUGCUCGUCGUCUUCACUGGCGUCAUGGACUUCUUCCGCAAGAUGCGUGACGAGUAA